UCACACAAUAAGAAAAGCAAAUUCUAGAGCACGAGUCCAGCGAGUUCGCCACCACGAGUUCGGCGAGUUUGCAUCAUCCCUUCAAUGGCGUGAAUUUCAUUUCUUCUUCCGUCUCCCACGGGAAGAAACUUACCUUUUUCCUCUUUUUCUUCUACAGUUUCCCUCAAAUUCAUAGACCUGGAUUGUUGCUUUUAAGCUCAUCGUCUCUCUCUAUCUUUGAUUCAUAUGUGAAACAGAGGAUUAGUGUGUUAGUAGUGAGAUCUAAGUCCUCUUCUUGUGUGUUUUUCUAUAAGAGUAGCAAUUACGACUUCAAUCUUCAAUUUCAUCUUACUUUGAAUCUUCAUUACAUUGUUUCCGAUUCAAAAAGUUGACUUUUUUUACUUUGGUUUGUACUUCAGUCACGUAUUUGCUCACUUCUUGUUCAAGAUUCUUCAGUUGGGUGUACUAAAGUUUCGAAAUUUCUUGGUUUAAACAUAUAAAGUUUAUGUUUUGAUCGUUGAUCCUUAAGGCUUUGCUUCAUUUGGUCUAUGAUGAUGGUGUUAUAACUCUGUAUGAAUCGAAUCUGUUCAUGUCGAUUCUAUGUGGUUGUUGCCCUCUUUUAGAAUGUGUCUACUGUCUUGGUUGUGCGCGUUGGGGUUAUAAACGCUGUCUUUACACGGCUGGCCAUGACAGUAAAGAUUGGGGGCUUGCAACAACUGAUGAAUUCGAACCGGUUCCUCGAUUUUGUCGUUAUAUUUUAGCUGUUUACGAGGAUGAUAUCCGAAACCCUUUAUGGGAGCCUCCGGAAGGAUAUGGGAUCAAUCCUGAUUGGUUGCUUCUAAAGAAGACUUAUGAAGACACUCAGGGCCGUGCUCCAGCUUAUAUAUUGUAUCUUGAUCAUGUUCAUCAUGAUAUAGUUGUUGCGAUCCGGGGGUUGAAUCUGGCGAAAGAGAGUGAUUAUGCAAUGCUUAUGGAUAAUAAGCUUGGUGAAAGGAGGUUUGAUGGUGGUUAUGUGCACAACGGGCUGUUGAAGUCUGCUGGUUAUGUGUUAGAUGAGGAAUGCAAAGUUUUGAAAGAAUUGGUUAAAAAGAAUCCGAGUUAUACUCUGACUUUUGCUGGACAUUCACUUGGAUCUGGUGUUGCUACAAUGUUGGCUUUGUUAGUGGUUCGGCAUCCGGAUAGACUGGGUUACAUUGAUAGAAAGAGAGUCAGGUGUUUCGCUAUUGCUCCUGCGAGGUGUAUGUCACUGAAUUUGGCUGUCAGAUAUGCAGAUGUGAUCAACUCUGUCAUACUUCAGGAUGACUUCUUGCCCAGGACAGCCACGCCUCUAGAAGACAUAUUCAAGUCUCUUUUCUGUUUGCCAUGUCUGCUAUGCAUAAGGUGCAUGAAGGAUACAUGUGUUCCAGAGCAAAAGAUGCUCAAAGAUCCUAGGCGGCUUUAUGCUCCUGGUCGUAUGUACCACAUCGUUGAAAGAAAGCCUUGCAGAUUAGGAAGAUAUCCACCGGUUGUGAAGACAGCAGUGCCAGUAGACGGAAGAUUCGAACAUAUUGUUCUUUCUUGUAACGCAACUUCAGACCACGCUAUCAUCUGGAUCGAACGAGAAGCUCAGAGAGCUCUCAACCUAAUGUUAGAGAAGGAGAAUAAAAUGGAGAUCCCAGAGAAGCAAAGGAUGGAGAGGCAAGAGUCAUUAGCUAGAGAGCACAACUUGGAGUACAGAGCAGCAUUAAGACGAGCAGUAACGUUAGAUGUUCCUCACGCGGAGUCAAUAUCCUCUGAAUAUGGAACAUUCGACAAAGCUCAAGAAGACGAAACCGAAGAAGAAGAAACCGAGGAAGAAGAAGAAGAAGAAACAGAAUCGAUUGCACCAAUGGUGGGUGAAUCAUCAACCUCCUCUCUUAGAGCAUUGUACAGGAAAAGACGUAAGCGUGGAGUUAGUUGGGACGAACUGAUCGAAAGUCUAUCCGAACGAGACGAGUCUGGUAACUUGACAUUCGAGAAAUCAGAUUUGCAUCAAUGAGCAAGACUCAUGUUCUCUAUCUAUGUGAAUAAUAUAUGUAUUGUGUAAAAACAGUAGUUCAUUACAAUCAACGUACUACAGACCACAUUGGUCUGAGUUUUUUAUUA